AUGCUUCAAUUGCUAAUCAUUGGUUAUAUUAUUUAUGAGAUUAUUCGCUUGUCGAAUUUACCGGAUGCUGGAAGUUAUGUCACAUCACAACAGUCACAACAGUCAAUUCCGCCCGAAAAGAAAGCAAAAUAA